AUGUUUCCUGUCAAUUUCAGCAAUGCGACCCUUGGUUCAGAUCUAGAUUUAUUCUCCUCACACUCAUGGUCAACACUGUACGUCCUUGUGGUCAGGGUGUAUUUAACUCAAGGAUUCUGUGUCCUGGGUAUGGUCACUAGCGUCAUGUGUACCGCAACCUUCCUCAGACAGGGAAUCACUGACACGGUCAACGUGGGUCUUCUUGGGCUUGCUCUGUCCGACUUGUUCUCCCUCGUGACUCUCUCGUGGCUCAACGUCUGCUACGAGCCAUCAUUCGACUCGCUAGACCUUCCUUUUAUCCCUCUAGAUGUCGCUUAUCUGACCGCAGGAUGGCCUCACGUGUUCUUCACGCGCAUCACCACGUGGAUCACUGUGUACAUCACAUUGGAAAGGUGUUUUUGCAUUGCUGCUCCUAUGAAGGUCAAGGCUGUGUUCACACCUAGGCGUACGGUCAUGUACAUUGUUGGAGUCUACCUUGUCAUGUUGGCCAGCGUCUUUCCAAUCUACUACACUGCCAGAUUCGCCAACAAAUUUGUGCCACAGAAAAAUAUAACUCUGCUGGGGAUAGUUUUCAUCUCAGACAGAAAUGAUAUUGAGACCGUAUCGUUUCACAUCAAUAAUAUACUGCCUUUGACAGCUUUCAUAUUAAUCAUUGUGGGCACGGCCAUCUUGGCAAGAAGGCUGCAGCAAAUUUCAAAAUGGCGUCUUAAAACUGUAGCAUUGAACAAAUCGGAAGAGAUGUUGUCUAGAGACACAAAAAUUGUGAAAAUGAUCGUUUCGAUAUCUACUAUUUUUAUUCUCUGCUAUUUACCAGGAACUAUUGUAUUCAUCUGGAUGAUGUUAGACCCAGAACUCAGGAUUGAUGGCCAACAUUCAUAUCUGUUUGAAGCAGCAUUCGCUACCUUGUUUCUACUGGAAGCUCUUAACUCCUCUGUCAGUAUAUUUGUGUAUCUUGGAACCAGUACAAAGUUUAGACAGACAUUUUGGAUUUCUUUUUCCUGUAAACUUGAAGUUUAA